CAAAGUACCAACUUAUCAUUACCUAUUUGAAUUUCCUUUCACACGAUAUAACUCUGUGUAACGAUAGAACCAAGGUAGUAUAAGAUUAUAUCAGAAGCCUUACUAGACAACUAACCAUCACCUCAAAACCAACCGAUACACUUAUCAUGAUGAAUAAUAACAACUUUGUUUUUAACGAAAUGAAUACUGUUUUCACAAGCAGCUAUAUUAUGAGAAAUAAUAACCAUGACAGAGGUCUUGCUGGGCAACAACACUACAUAAAACCUCUUCGGAGGAGAAGAAGAAGGCUUCCCACAACUAAGCCUUAUCAAGAAAAGUUUCUGAAUCUAGCUCAGGCAAGAAAAGAGAUUGCUAUUGCCUUGAAAUUACAUAAAGCUACUACUAAAGAAGUCUCCAAACAACAAAAGCAGCAACAACAACAGCAACAAAGAUCAGAAUCAAAAUCAUUUAAUAAAACAGGUUAUGAUGAGCAACAAGAAGAAUUUAAGCAGAUGAUAUUAAAUUCAAGUACCUUAUUAUCUCAUGUUAAUCUUUUUCAUUCUACCAUUUCUCCUCCUCCUCCUCAUCUUCUUCCCUUAGUUCCAAAUUCAUGUACCUUUCCUUUUUAUUCAUCAAUUUCUUCUUCUCCUCCUCUUCUUCCCUUAGUUCCAAAUUCCUGUACUGUUCCUCUUCAUUCUCCAAUUUCUCCUCCUCUUUCUCAUUCUCAUUCUCCUCCUGCACUACCUUCUAUGGUUGAAAAUUUUAGUUAUGCCAUUCCAGAUCAUACUUUAGGAUUAAACCAAAAUUUUCAUGAUUUCAACUAUUCGGAUGAUAUCCUUUUUCUUGAUAACAAUAUUUCAGUAAAUUCACCUUUGUUUAAUUAUUCAUCUUCAUCAUCAUCAUCUUCUAUGCCACUUUCUGCUAUGGUUGAUCAAGACGUUCCUUUAGUUGUAAAAGAGGAUUACGAUGUUUUUUCUAAUUCAAUGGUUGUUGAACCCAUGACUAAAUUUGAAGUUGGUGGUAGAUUUUCUUCUAAUUCAAUGGCAGCGGGUGUUGGAGCCACGGCUAAAACCCAAGUUGGUGGUGGAGCUUUGCAUACAGCUAUGGAUGAUGAAGCUAUGGAAGAGAUUAGACUAAUCGGGGAACAAUAUCAAAAGGAAUGGGAUGACGCUGUGGAUUUGAUCACGUCAAUUUCGUGGCUCGAAUUCUUGAUGAACAUGGAAAAUAAUGGUGCAUGGGAAGAACAAAAUCCUUGAUCAUCUUAGAUGCACCCGGUUCAAUUUAGUGUAUCAUACAUUAAGCAGCGAAGUAAGAAUGGAUAUGCAUGCACGUUUCCGAACAAGACAAUGUGAAUGAAAAGUAGGAACAUGGACAAGAAAUGUACAAACAUUCAUAAAAUAACUUAAUUUAACUAAAGUUAAUGCUUUUUAAUUUUGAAACAAUAAAUGUAUAAAGUGUGAAUUAUGAGCUCUUUGUAAUGAAUUAAACUCUGAUACUUGUUGUUAAGUUUCUUUAAAUGUACUAUAAAAUUAUUAGUG